CAGAGCGGGGUCAGCAGUGGAGGGCAGCGGGCGCCGCCACACGGAGCUUCCCCGGCUCCCGCGCCCAGGCCUCGGGCGUUUGGGUAGAGAGUCUUCGCUGAGGAAUACUCCGCCCUCCGGUGUAGCGGCGAGUCGGGUUGCUCUGCUGUGCUCCAUCUCCUUCUCCUAAAGAUGCAUCCUGACUUAUCUCCACACUUGCACACUGAAGAAUGCAACGCCUUGAUUAACUUGCUUAAGGAAUGUCACAAAAAUCACAGCAUUCUGAAAUUUUUUGGUCACUGCAAUGAUCUUGAUCGGGAGAUGAGAAAAUGCUUGAAGAAUGAGUACGUGGAGAAGAGGAACAAGAGCCGGGAGCGUGGCACCGUGAUGCGGAAGAGACUUUUUAAUCCUCCAGAGGAAUCUGAAAAAUAGAUCCUGUUUUCACGGGCUGCCUCAGCUGAGAGAAGACCCAAAGACUCUUGGUUGGCAGCCGAAAGAAUCCUGUCUCAUUUGGUCUCCAGGAUCCUGUGAAUGGGACGUGACCCGCGAGAAACUGAGCAGUGGAGAAAUGCGGAAACCGGGGUGCCAUGUUCGUAUGGCAGAGCCGAUCGCUCUCUCUCCUGUGCCAGCGCACGUGCCUUCUCACGUGAUUCUUCCCUUUGCCUUAGGCUGCUUAACAUUCAAGUAACUUAUCUCCCUCAAUAAAAUAAUUGGUUCUAAUCGUA